AUGAAAGUUUACUGUGGGAAGAAUGUGAAUCCUGGUGUUCCUCUUGCCACUUCUGCUGUUAUGAGCCUUAUGAGUGGAUUACUAAAUGAGGGUAGAAUCUUAUAUACAGACAAUUUUUACACAAGUGUUCAUCUAGCACACCAGAUUCUUGAACAAUCAACACAUAUAGUUGGUAUUCUAAGAUCAAACAGAAAACUGAAUCCUCAAGAUGUUGUACAGGCAAAACUGAAGAAGGGGAAACACAAAGCAAAGGAAAGUACCGCAGGUGUAGUAGUACUGAAAUGGAAAGGUAAGAGGGAUGUUAUGAUGCUGAGUACUGUUCACGGAGAAGAAGAAGCAGAAGUUCAAACCAAGAAAGGCACAAUGAAAAAACCAGCAAUGAUAAUUGCCUAUAAUCAGUCAAAGUCUUUUGUAAAUCUUUCUGACCAAAUGAAGUCGUACUCGCAUUGUCUAAGGCGGCGUGUGAAAUGGUACAGGAAGCUUGCAAUUGAAUUGUUGUCAGGGUCAGCAUUGGUAAAUGCUCAUGUGAUUUACUGA